AACAAGAAGGUCUAUGCUUUGGCGGGGAAGACCUUGUAAUGGGAAAUUCUCCUAAAAAAUGGCAUAUUGGAAAAAGUCAUUAUGAAAUUCCAAUCAGAGACGAAAAGGGAUGGUUUUACAUAGACGAAUAUGAAGUGUUUCAAGUUAUUAAAGAUGAUUAA